AUGACCAGGGCUGUUCGCGAUAGGAUCCUCAAGGACGCAAAUGGUGAUAUUAGUGAUCAUCUGCGCAACCACAUUCAUUUGACAAAUUGCAUUCACUUGAAGAACCAUAUGCACAAGCAAAGCCCCAUAUUAGCUGACAGGUCACUUAUGAGGGACCUUGUUGUCCUUCAGAGGUCUCGAUCUCUCAGGGACCCUUCUGCCAGUCCUCCCUCAUGGCAUUCACCUUCCAUUGUUGAUAUGCUUUCCAAAAAAGGUGAAAAUGAUGCAUUGGUACGUGAGGGGAGAAGGUCGGUAGGAAGUGAGUAUCGAAGGGAAGGCAGGAGGUUGUUGGCAAGUUCUCCACCUUUGGCAAGAUUAGCAACAUCAAAAGUUGCUCCACGUGAGGCUAAUGGGGUCAAUGAUGGGGUAGCCGGAAUCAGUGAACAUGGAAGCAAGAGUGGAGUUAGGGAUGGUAGGAAAAUUAGGAGAGAAGAAUCUAGUCAGAAGAGUAACAGGAGUGAUAAUUUGGGUGGCAAUGAGGAGCUUCCACUCGACCUGAAUGCUAAUGAUAUGACUCAUGAUGUUCUUUCUGGGAAUUCAGAAUCCAAAAGUAGAAAAAGUAAAAAAAAGGGAAAGUACAUUCAAGGUGCUCGGAUGAAGACUCUCUCAGAGCAAUUGAAUGAUGUUAGGAUGGAUAGUGAUGACAUAACGUCCUCUAAUAUCCAUCAGCCUGCAAGACGGUCCCGACAGGAAAGAACUGUUGAGGAACCGGAGGUCAGCAUUCGGGGAUAUUGCAGUGGACUAAGUAGAGUAAAAAGGCGCAAAUUUCGAGGUGCAAGAAGAAGCCGUGCUUCUGUAGCUUCUAGAGACUUUGGAGGUCAGAAUGAUUUAUCUGUGGCUUCUAAUACUUUAGCUCAAGGGUCAGCUCACCCAAAGUAUCACAUGGAACGGGGAGAGGAUGAGUAUGGUGAGCAAAAUUUCACAAGGGCUCCCAGAAAUGGGUGUGGGAUUCCAUGGAAUUGGUCAAGAAUCCAUCAUAGAGGUAAAACAUUCCUUGACAUUGCUGGAAGGAGCUUUUCUUGUGGUUUAUCUGAUUCAAGGUUUAAGAAGGAUGGUAUGGCUGCCCAUGCCAGAAAUAUUUCUGACAUGCCCGUGGCAUCUGAUAACUCAAGCACUUCUACUAAAUCUGAGGCACUGCCUUUACUAGUUGAAGCAUCUGGGUCACAGGAAAGCUCCGAAAACGCUGGUUGGAUACAUGACUAUUCUGGUGAACUUGGUAUUUAUGCUGAUAAUUUAUUCAAGCAUGAUAUUGGUUCUGACUUUGCUUCUGAAGCUAGAUCUGGUGGUCAACACAAAUUGAGGGGCCACCACCGUCGUAGGCACCAAAACCUGACGCAAAAAUACAUGCCGAGAACCUUUAGAGAUCUCGUGGGACAGAAUUUAGUGGCGCAAGCUCUUUCAAAUGCUGCCAUGAAAAAGAAAGUUGGGUUGCUAUAUGUAUUCUAUGGUCCUCAUGGUACAGGGAAAACCUCCUGUGCUCGAAUAUUUGCUAGAGCUCUAAAUUGCCAGUCUUUGGAUCACCUCAAGCCUUGUGGCUUUUGCAAUUCUUGCAUUGCACACGAUGUGGGGAAGAGUAGAAAUAUAAAGGAAGUUGGGCCUGUUAGUAACUUUGACUUUGAGAGCAUUAUGGACCUACUUGACAAUAUGACUAUCUCCCAGCUGCCAUCACAGUACAGAGUGUUCAUCUUUGAUGACUGUGAUACAUUGUCCCAUGAGUGCUGGAGUGCCAUAUCGAAGGUCAUUGAUCGAGCACCGAGACAUGUGGUUUUUGUCCUUGUCUGUUCAAGUCUUGAUGUUUUGCCUCACAUAAUCAUAUCCAGGUGUCAAAAGUUCUUUUUCCCUAAGCUAAAGGAUGCAGAUAUUAUCUACAGUUUGCAAUGGAUUGCAACCAAAGAAGAUCUAGAAAUUGACAAGGAUGCACUGAAACUUAUUUCAUCAAGAUCGGAUGGCUCAUUGCGGGAUGCUGAGAUGACUCUAGAACAAUUAAGUUUGCUUGGCCAGAGAAUCUCUGUUGCUCUUGUUCAGGAACUGGUUGGGCUUAUCUCUGAUGAGAAAUUGGUAGAUCUUCUUGAUUUAGCAUUAUCGGCAGACACAGUUAAUACUGUCAAGAAUUUGAGAAUGAUAAUGGAAACUGGUGUUGAGCCACUAGCCUUGAUGUCACAACUUGCAACAGUGAUUACAGACAUACUUGCUGGCAGCUAUGAUUAUAAAAAAGUAAGGCGUAGAAGGAAGUUCUUUCGGAACCAACCAUUAUCCAAAGAAGACAUGGAGAAAUUGCGUCAAGCUUUGAAAACUUUAUCUGAGGCUGAAAAACAAUUGAGGAUGUCAAAUGACAAGUUAACAUGGCUAACAGCUGCACUUCUCCAGCUUGCUCCCGAUCAACAGUAUAUGUUGCCUAGUUCGUCGGCUGGCACAAGCUUUAAUCACAGUCCCUCGGCCUUAAAUAAUGUGGGUGGAAGGGUUGUGGGCAGGAAAGAGAGUGAACAAGAUGAGAUGCCUAAUUAUGAAAAAGGCUUGUCAACCAAUGUUAGAAAUGCUGUAAGUUCUGGUUUCCAUGGGAAUGGUUCUGGGAAAGGCAUAAAUUCAGAUAGAAAACGUCAUGCUGGUGCUGGUAUGGCUCCUCAACAAGGGGCUUCAUGCUCUGCUGACAUAAUUAGGGCAAAUGGGAGGCAAAUGCUUGGCAAAAGCCAUAAAGGAAUUGAAGAAAUUUGGUUGGAGGUGCUUGAGAAAAUACCAUAUAAUCGCAUAAAAGAAUUUUUAUACCAAGAAGGGAAGCUGACCUCAGUCAGUUUUGGUGCAGCGCCCACUGUGCAGUUGAUGUUCUCUUCUCAUAUGACUAAAUCUACAGCAGAGAAGUUUAGAUCACAGAUUUUACAGGCAUUUGAGAUUGUUCUAGGGUCUCCCUUGACCAUUGAAAUUAGAUGUGAAUCAAAAAAAGAUACUAAAGAAGGUGCCCAGAUGCCUCUUCUCAUACCAGUUUCAAAGGAUGGUUCAUCCCAGAUUAGAGAUGAAAAUGGGGCCAGCACGGAUGCCCAGCUCCAGCGCGAUACCCAUGAAAUGGGGAAGAGUGAAAUUGUUGAAGUAGCUGCUUCUCCUAGGGAAAGCAAGGGUAGUGGUCACAUACAUAACCACAAAGAAUCUGGUAAAAGAGGUUUGGAUGGUGCCCAGAUGGGAGAAGUAUCACUUUCACAUAAGAAAUCACCCAUAGCUUCAAUUCCAGAAAAACAGAAAUUUGGGGAACAAAGUCAGAGUCAAAGCCUUGUCAGGAGCAAGGUGUCCCUUGCACAUGUGAUUCAGCAUUCAGAGUCGCAACGUAGUGGAUGGUCACAACGGAAAGCAGUUUCUAUUGCUGAAAAGCUCGAACAAGAUAAUUUGAGACUGGAAUCUCGAUCAAGAAGCUUGAUUUGCUGGAAAGCAUCUAGAGUAACUCGUCGAAAGGCUGACAUGCCUUGUGACAUAAUAUGUAAGGCCCGGCAGAAAAUGGGUCUCAUUUUUAAGCUUAAGUUGGGUCCUAGACUCCUGGGGCCAUCAAACUUGGCAGCAGGCAUGAAAUAUUUGUUCAAGCGUGCCCAAUUAAGGGCUAGGCCUUCCAGGUCAGGCAGGGCACCAAGCUCAUUUUUAGGUCCUACGUCCAACUCAGUUAUGAAGUAA